AUGGGGGGCCAAGUGCAACCUAUUCAUUAUGAUCCUGCUACUGUAAAGCAAUUGACUAAAGAAAUUGCCGUCGCUUCAAUGAUUGGUGCGGCCCAGGGUGCUGUCAUUAGUGUUGUCAGUGCAAUGUUGCUGCGUAGAUUUUCUACUAUUUAUCGAAACGUUAGGACACAAGUACGGGUAUUUUACCACUGCAGUUGGAUAUCUAUGGGUGCCGUCUUCCAAGCCGACAAGCAGCUAUUGAAGUUCCAAUCCAAUUACUACGAAAAUGAAUUGAAGAGAAGAAGUAAAAUAUUAGACGAAGCAGCUGAAAGAGGCAUCUUUCUGGAAGAAGAUGCAGCUGCUUCAAGUACGGUUCUUCAACCUCCCAGUUAA